AUGUCAAACUUAGGAUCUGUAACUCAAAAAAGACUUGCUGCUAGUGUCAUUGGUGUUGGUAAAAGAAAAAUUUGGUUAGAUCCAAAUGAAUCAUCAGAAAUUGCCAAUGCUAAUUCAAGACAAGCAAUUAGAAAAUUAUAUAAAAAUGGUACUAUUGUCAAAAAACCAGAUACUGUUCAUUCUAGAUCAAGAGCAAGAGCUUUAAAAGAAUCAAAAUCAGCUGGUAGACAUAUGGGUUAUGGUAAAAGAAAAGGUACAAAAGAUGCUAGAAUGCCAUCACAAGUUUUAUGGAUGAGAAGAUUAAGAGUUUUAAGAAGAUUAUUAGCAAAAUAUAGAGAUGCCGGUAAAAUUGAUAAACAUUUAUAUCAUAAUUUAUAUAAAGCUGCUAAAGGUAAUACUUUUAAACAUAAAAGAUCAUUAGUUGAACAUAUUAUUACUGCUAAAGCUGAAGCUUUACGUGAAAAAGCUCUUAAAGAUGAAGCUGAAGCAAGAAGAGUUAGAAAUAGAGCUGCUAGAGAAAGAAGACAACAAAGAAUUGCUGAUAAAAGAGAAGCUUUAUUGGCUGAUGAUGCUGAAUAA